AACUAUAUUAAAAAAAAAUUCAUGCAAAAAUACAUGUUGCAGACCUGGCUAUGUGAUUAUGAACAAUGUCUAAUAAUUCUAUCAAGAUGAAGUGCAAUUUAAAUGAGGAUGUUAAAAAAGACAUAAUAAAAAAUCUUAACAUUAAAAUUGGUAGUGAUAUAAAUAACUUGGGGAAUUUGAGUGAAAUAGAAAAUGAUUUAUUAAAUAAAAGAGAACAUCUUGAAAAUUGCUUGCAUGCUGCAAGUGAUGAGGCGCCGAAAAAUAUAACUUCUGCUAUCAGAACAGCUGAAUUAAGCUUAAUGCAAAUAGAGAAAUUAAAAGAAAAAAAAUCAUUACUAGUGGAGAAAGUAAACAGCUUUCUAAUUAAAACAGAUCCAUUAAUGGCAGAACUUGAUAAAAGAUUUUCAAUCAUUCAUAGAUUGGAGGAUGUUAAUGCAUAUUUUCAGUCAUAUGUUAAACUUGAAGAACUGAGUAACCAAAUGAGGCAAUGCAAAGAUGACGAAGAACUAGUAUCGCUUUAUGAAGAAAUGGUGGAAAUGUGCAAACAGCGAUAUAAACCGAAUUGGACUGCUUAUGUCAAAUCGUACACACAUUACUGGCACAAUAUUUUGAAAGAUAAUCUUAUAAGACACUAUGAAGACAUACUUAAGGCAUUAAAGUGGCCGUUCACUUCAUCUGCAGAAAGUACACCAAUUCCAAAAGAAGUAUUAAAUAAAUUUAAUAAUCUCACAAGAUAUCUAUUUUUAAUACAGGAACCAAUAGACGUUUGUAGUGAAUCGGUUUCAGGUGAUUCAACCCCAGAACAAAAUCCCUGUCUACCAGUAAAAGUCUUAUUACAACCUUUGAAAAAACGAUUUAUAUUCCACUUUACGGGGUCCCGACAGACUGCUAGAAUUGAUAGACCAGAGUGGUUUCUUACUCAGACUUUAACGUGGAUAAAAGAUCACCAGAAAUUCAUAAUGAAUAAUGUUCAACUAAUAGCCAAGAAGCUCGAGAUGCGAAACAUUAAUGCUGUGGAUCAGUUUAACGCAGGAUUGAUAGCUUUAGCAACUGAAAGACUUCACACUGUCUUAGCAAUCUAUCACACACAAGGUGCAAAAGGGGAAAUAGUUGAUGUGGACGCAGCGUUCGCACAUGCUGUGGACGAGACUUUAGGUUUCCAUAAAGAAUUAAAGACAAUCACUGACAAUGAGGUUGACAAUGUUUUAUCUGUGUUGACCAAAGCUGAAACAUUUGUACGGUGGUUAGCUGUGGAAAAGAAAUAUGCCCUAGCAAAAAUGGACGAGAUGUUAGACAGCGAACAGUGGAUAGAACCAGUGGCUGCAGGAGUGGGUGCAGCGGUGGGCUCAGUGGUGUGGGUGCCGCGUGGGGCGGACUGGUUCGUUUCCCUGCUGAAGACCAUCGAGGAUAGAUAUACCGUACUACCGCAGCCUGGACAUCGAUUACAGUUUUUAGAGCUUCAGCUAGAACUAAUCGAAGAAUGGCGUAUACGUCUAACACAGUUGAUUAGUGCGGCCGCUUCCACACUGAAGCUCAAUACGUUCCUCAUAUCUGGAACACACCCAAUCAUCGCGAUCGUCAACACCGCUCAUUACACUAGAACUGUGCUAUUACAGUGGGCUCAUUCUUUGCAUUACCUACAACUGCAUUACUACAGGCGCCAAUUCCAACAUUUUACGCAGCAACAACACAGGGAAAAUGAAAGCGAAUCCUCGACCAGUUCUGAGGACGAUGAUGAUUCUGACGAUGAAAAUACUAGACAAGAUGGUAAGUAUGAAGAAGGCGAUGAAACUUUCUCAUUGAAUGACGUCGAGCAACGCGCUAACAAGUUGGCCCUAAACGAGGUGACAAGAAGAAGUUCUUUAAUGAAUUCGAGUCAGUAUGACAUUACACCAAUAACAAAUUUAGCAGUGGCUGAACCUUUAGAUGAUGAAGAUACAGAGGAGGCUGGAGUGUUUGGAGACGCUCCUGCGCUCCUCGCGCAUCUUAGAGACUCGGGCAUGGCCGUGAUGACCGAAUAUGUCUUGCUCGAAUUUAAAGCCAAUAGUCGAAACUACAAGAACCAGAAAUGGCACGCGAUGCUGACGCUGGAGCAGGCGGCGCUGAGCGUGUCGGGCGCGCUGUGCGGGCCGCUGGCGGCGCUGUGCGCGCGCCUCGCCUGCGCCGCGCGCGCCCUGGCGCCGCCGCUCGCCGCGCAGCUGCGCGCGCACGUCGCCGCGCACCUCGACGUCUACGUCUACGAGGAGGUGGUACUGGAAAGUUGGUUCAAUACAGGCGGAACCAUACAGUUCACUCAUGACGUAAAGAGGAACCUUGUACCCGCGUUUGCGCCCCCUAACAAGAAUGCGUCGCAACUUAAUCAAUUGCCAAGGCUUCUAGAGGCAUGUAAACUCCUCAACUUGGACUACGAGGAUGCUCAUCGAAUUCGUUCUCAACUGGCCAAACAGCCGAGCCAAGCCGUUAUAUCCCUGAACGAGCUGGGCAUCUACCACAUACCAUCCAAAGAGGCUUUGAGGAUCCUCAACCAGAGAACCGACCUCAGUGAUUCCAGUUCUCCAUCAUCAGUGAUGGAAUUAUUUUGAAGUUUCGAAGGAGGAGGCGUAUAAACAAAUUGGUUUUGAUCGGCGCGCUUGAGCAUUUUCGAAUGGAUUAUUUUUUGGAGUUACAAAGACAACAUUUUUGCUUAAUAAUUGCAGUUAUUAUAAAAUUAUAAUACAACGAAGUUAACCCCAGACAUAUUUUCCUCAAUACCAGUUUUAAAUGAUGCAGAUGCCUAUGCGAUCUGAAGCUCCAAACGAUUCUUUGAAUUUAAUCUUAUUACCGUAAUGAUAUAUGUUGCAUUAUGUAACUCCUAGACAUCAUCAAUUAUAAAAAGAAAAAAAAAAUACCAUUACUUUUAUUACUACUAUCAUACUAUUAUCUUAACUAUUUUAUAAUCGAGUAAUGGUUUUGAAUCUUACUAGUCUUAUCCAAGCCAUCUCAGCAGUUGCUAUAUUACAUACUAAAUUACUUUGCAAUAACAGAA